CGUCAUAAGUAUUGACAGUGGCUAGCUUGAUUUUAGUUACGGUUUUGCCCGCUGAUUGUUUUUAAAUUCAAUUUUUUGUUUAUGAUUACUCACGUUUUCGUUCAGAGACAGCUCGAACCACUCUUCUGUGUGUCGCGAAUUAUAUGUGAAUGUAAUAAACAUAAUAGGGGAAAAGAUACUCAUUAAUUUUAGGAAUUAAACUUCUCAGUGACAGCGUAAGCGCAAUAUUUGUAGUCAACGUAAACUACGGAUAAUAUGUUUUUAAUACUACUAUUUUGCCGUUGAUUUAUAUAAUCCAUCACAAUUGUGUUUGUACUUUACAUCCAUUAGUUGAAUUAUUACUGUCACCGAAAUGAAUCGCAAUAUAGCGUACCUUCAAUACAGAAGUAUACUUUGCAGACAGUUUCAUUUAGGGGUGGUGACAGUAUUGGCCGAAUAAUUAUUCGCCUUCAUUCGGUUAUUUUAGAGAACAUCUGGGUUGUUAUGCUUGUUCUGCGAUUUUUCUAGGGAAAACUCAAAAUAUUUUUUCGUGAGAUUGAUAUGUUUUGCUUCUGUGUAGCGGAGUAGAACUGUUAGUAAACACGUUUGUUUUGGUCUUAACAUAGGACACUUCUAUGCAGGACAAGAUCUGUAAAUUAGUUUUUGAUUUCGUUUUUACUAUAGAGGACCUUUCGGCGCCAGUUAGUCGUAUACCGUUUGGAGGGGGCGGCGGCGGCUAAGUAAAUGUUUGAGCAGCAGUACAAGCAAUGAGACAUUGAUGUAAUAUGGCAGUCACACAGUUUAUUUUAUUUUUAAUCAAUCUGGCUGCAGUAUAUUUAGAUUAUUUACGCAGUCCAGAAAUCAAAAGGAAAGCUACAAAGCUUGCAGACUUGCUACAAAUGCGCGACUUCUCUUCAUUACAUGUGAUUAACACAAAUUUUUAGUGCUAAUUGGUGUUUCUAUUGAAGAUGAAGUUUCGUCUUACAGAAAAUUAUAUUUGUAAAGACUGUGAAGAGCAGUUGUUAAUGAGAUCGUUCCAUGUUAUAUUCUCGUGAUUCGUACGCUAUACUGCCCUUAGUGUUUUUCUUCGGCCGAUAUGAUUUCUAAGACACAAGUUUGUCGCGUAUUCAUAUUAUUAAAUUUAAUGUUGGGAACAUGGGAGAUGAUUGUUUUAAGUUAUUGGUUUUGUUAACAGUAACCAUGCACUCUUUUCUGAGAGCUUUAUAUGCAUUUGCAUAUGGAAACCCUGUAACACAGUCGUUACGGAAUUUCCGCGCUGAGUUCCGUCGAUCGAAGGGUGCUAUGGUGGAGACAAGCGAAAGCUUGUCUGUGACGGCCCGGGGUCGGUUGCCACUCGGGUGUACGUGGUGUUUCUGAACUUCCUCUGAUGGCCACCGUGAUCGCUGUGGAGUCCUAGAGCUGGUACAGAGUAGGAACGAAUAGAAGCCACGUGAUGGUAUAUAUCAAAAAUCAGAAUUAAAUACAUGAAUUGGAAGCUGAUAUGUGGACGUCGAGUCGUACAUUCUUGCAUAUACAACUCCUGAGACUGGAAUAGAAUGCGUUAGGCCACCGGCUGCAGGGCUUGGAGGUGCGAACCACGGUGGCCAAGCAUGUGGCUCCGCAGUGAGCAGCGUGAACGAAGGGCUGUUGCUGUGUCCACACGUGGUGGUCGCAUCACACGACGACGCACAAAUCUGCUCAAAGAGACGUGUCGAGAAAAUGUCCUGCAAGUGAAUGGCCACAAUACUGGAAUACCUACAGUGCGUGAAGCAAAUGUGCGUCGUACACGCCGCUUGAGUGUGACUAGUGACCAACUGAUUUCUUCAGCACCUCCAAUGCGACACAUCAAAAGUGAUGCCAAAGAUACAUUGGUGACUGUUUCCAAACUGAGUGAGGAGACAAAAGAGAACUGGCAAGCCACAGUUGUCCCCAAUGAUGACCAGAUUCCAGUUUACAAUGCAGUAUUUGAAGGCCAUCAUCCAUAUGAAGGCAGUCCACCACCAGAACCAGAAGAGCUUCCCAUGUCCGUAGACAGAGAGGAUGAUUUGGGUUCUGUCACUGCACCAGAUCUUGCCAGUUUAUUAGAGGAAGAGGAUGCAAAGCGAGAAAAUGAGUUAUUAUCUGGGCUACACUGCAGCUACCCAACCACAGUGGACCAGGCGUGUGACACAUCUUGUGACUUCCCAACCACAGUGGACCAAGCAUGUGACACAUCUUGUGACUUCCCAACCACAGUGGAUCAGGGAUGUGACACCUCUUGUGACUUCCCAACCACAGUGGAUCAAGGAUGUGACACAUCUUGCGACUUCCCGACCACAGUGGAUGAGGGAUGUGAAGCAUCUGUCGGUUAUUAUGAGGAACGAGGUGGUGAUUUGUUGGAGACAACUUCAGUGGCUGAUCCUCCUCCUCCUACUGUUGUGGCUGAACCCAGCCCCACCACAGUCGCGGAGACGGAGGAAGAAUGGGAGCCAUUUGACCCCUAUGUGUUUAUCAAGCAGCUGCCACCACUGACAGUGGAUAUGCGCGCACGUUGUCCUGCCCUUCCUCUGAAGACAAGAAGCAGUCCUGAGUUUUCACUUGUCUUGGAUCUGGAUGAAACUCUAGUGCAUUGCAGCCUGCAAGAAUUAGAGGAUGCAUCGUUCAGUUUCCCUGUGGUUUUCCAGGAGAACAGUUACACUGUUUAUGUGAGAACCAGACCAUUCUUUAGGGAAUUUUUGGAUAAAGUGUCAUCUAUGUUUGAAGUUAUCCUCUUUACUGCAUCAAAGAAGGUGUAUGCUGACAAGCUCCUAAAUCUUCUAGAUCCAUUUAGAAGAUGGAUAAGGCACAGACUGUUCCGGGAACAUUGCAUUUGUGUUAAUGGAAAUUACAUAAAGGAUUUAUCUAUACUGGGCAGAGACUUAUCAAAGACAAUCAUUGUGGAUAAUUCACCACAGGCAUUUGGCUACCAGUUGGAGAAUGGUAUACCAAUAGAAAGCUGGUUUGUUGAUCGAACAGACACAGAGCUUAUGAAACUUUUGCCAUUCUUGGAAAAACUGGUUCAUAUGAGAGAAGAUGUCCGGCCGCACAUCAGAGAGAAGUUCAAAUUAUUUAGUUAUUUACCACCUGAUUAGGAUCUAUCAUUUUUAUAAUAAAUGACUUCUAUAUUAUUUGUUGUUUAUAUUUUUAUUUUAUGUGUAUACAAAAUGUAAGUUAAAAUGUGCUUUUAGUUUAUAUUGUUUCUACAUCUGUCCAAAUUGUAGUACAAUUUCAUAUAAUUAUGUAUGCUAUUUAUUGUAGCAAUCCUAUUUCUUGCUCUGUCAUUAUAAGUAUUUGUAAAAAAAAAAGUAUUGUUGGCUGAAUGAGCAAUGUCCGGAAGCAGCGCAGUUUUAAAUGUAGAAUAUUAGAUUUUUAGUUUUAGUUCCAUAUUCAUUUUAAAAGAUAAUGUGUUUUAUCUUUACAGAUAAUAGCAUAGUAUCACAGUGAAAAUCACAAUUGAAAUACUGUUUCCACUCCAUGUUUUUUAACAAGUGGGAUUUUACAUGUUACUUUGUUUUUAUUGGACUAGUGGUUUUCAGAAAACCUACAGUGUUUGUUAUCAAUUGUUUUAACGAAGUGAAACAGUGUGUGGCAAUAGUAAGUCCUUUUGCUGAAACUGCCAGUUUUUAAGUGAUUCACAUUCUUUUGAAUGAUAUUUUUAGUCCAAAAGAAAUAAGCAUCAUUUUAAAAGAAACAAAUUUUAAUUGCUUUUAUUUUGUUAUUUAAUUUUUAAUCUGAAUUGGUUCACUAUUUUACAAAUGGAAGCACAAAUAUAUGUGAUUUUUUAAAAAAUUCCUUUUAUAAGAAUUGCAGACACUUUUAUCAGGAAGGUAAAACUGCUGUAGUCACAAAGAUACGAAGAAGUAUCUGUUAAUUUGGUGUUCAGUCCAAAUGUUUACUUUUCUUAUUUGUGAUUACCUUGUUUCAGGAAAUGAAACUAUCUUAGUGUGAACAGAGUUGUUUUAUGAUGUGUACAAGCUGUGAAAGAUGUAUGUCCUUGUUGUCAGUUCAUUUGACGUGUACAUGUUUCUGGUGUUCAAAACCAAUUUUUUUCUUUUUUUUGAAAAAUUUUGUGUUUCCUGUUUGUAUUUAUCUUUGAUAUAAGUGUUUGUCAAAACUGGUAAAUUGUUGUGGUCAGAACCACACAGAGAAAUGCAAUAUGACAGCUUUUGUGAAGGCUUAUUUAAUAGUUGAAAAUAUUAUGUAUGUCAGCCAUGAAUGCAACCACUACCUAAUUUGAGGUUUACACAUAAAAAGAAAUUAUCAUCACAGAUUUUACUUAGUGUGUUGGAUGCUUGUGUGUUUUAUGAGAUUUAUGGGGAGAAAAUGUUAUUUUAGUUGUCAUUUUCCUUCAAACUAGGCUCACGUGAAGAAACUGCAAUGGGGAAAGUACAAGAUUAUCUGUCCAUUAUUCAUCAUCCUUUGCCAAUUUGACCUUGACUUAAGUAGUGUUACGCAUUUGCUUCUUAACACACACACUUCAGUAUUGAAUUUAAUUAGGUAUUUCCAUAAGCAGUUGUAGAAUAACAUCUAGAUGGGUGACAUGUAAUUUUGCAGUAAGAAGCUUAAGCACUCCUUAAGAUGUUAUUUAAGUUGUAAUGUGAAGUAAUUUAAAUACGAGGAAAAUAUUUCAGCCUCUGGUAAUCUGGAAUUGACCACACAGUUUAAUCAUUAUCUUUUUCAUUACUAGGGAAAUGUUUCCCUUCAUACUGUUUUUUAUCAUAUGGAGAAGACUCUGUUUAUCAUUUCAGAAAUAAGUAUGGAAUAUAAAUCUCAGACUUUUCAUUUAAUCUUUGGAAAAAUAACUGUUGUCAAAGAAAAAUAAUUUUUGUGUCUUGUUUGUAUUGUAAAAAAUACAAAUGAUAUAUAAAAAAGUACAAAGACUGUUUUAAUAUUUUGUUAAAUUGUUUGUGAAGAUUCAGAGUGUUUUUGAGGAAAAAAACUUUUGUACAAAGUCAUUAUAUGGCAGUGUUAGCAGAUGUAAUUUCAAAAUAAUUAAGCCUUCAUUAGAGAAAAUAUUCAGCAGAACUAUGGUGAAAAUACGAAAUAAACUCAUUAGUGCAUAAUAUUGUUCUCUGUCAGAUUUGAGUACAAUAAAAGGCACAUGCCCAUCAAACUAUCAGGAUGAGAGAAAAAUAUGUAAAUUUGUGUGUUUUGUGAUUUAUAUUUGAAAUCUGUAUCUAGAAAAAGGUAUGAUUUUGAUAUUAAGUGUCACAAACAUUGGUUUUAGACAUUUUGAGCUGUUGAAUAUUACAUACUGUGGUGAUGCUCUCUUGCACAUUAGCAUGGUGAACAUUCACAGUAUUUGUUAUAGUGUUCAAUAGCAUAUGUUAUUUCAUAGUGAAGUUACAACUGAAAGAAAUUUGAGUUUUUUUUUCAUUUAUGAGCCAGUUGUCAUAGCUGAGUGAGGUAAACAAGGACCAUCUCCACUGCUGAAACCAUGUUAUUCAGAUUGUGCUCAUCCCAGGCAGUUUGACUCUCUUGGAAAGAUUUUCAUCUCAAGUUAUUUCAGUAUAUUGAUACAGAUAACAAGUAACUCCUGCAUUCACUGCCAUUGUUAGAGGAACAAACUUGCUCUUUACUGUGUACAGUAUUUCAAGAAACUUCUUUAGGACAUUGGCAAAUGCAACGACAAUACAGUAUUGUAUGCUCCUGAAGCAAAAUAAAUCAGUUACGAAAUAUAUCAUAUAUAUUUCCUAUACGUGAUGGUACAGUACUAGUUUUAAGAGUUCCCCAAAAUAUGUAACUUAGGUUAUGCUCAUUAUGUAAACUUACAUCGAAAUCACAGAAAUGAAUGCAGGAAGUUCUCUUAUCUGUGUCAUUUCUUGAUUAAUUUUGAAACCGUAAACUUUCUUAGUAACUUUCCCCUCCUUUUCUGUAUAUACAUUUUCAAGUGAUCAAUAAAAUGUUUGUGGUUGCCUAUAGAUUUAUUCAUGCCAGAAUAUUUUGAAAAAAUAACCACUGUGCACUUUGGAGUGCAUUGUCAUGUUGGCAAUUUGGAGAGAGAUUUUGUACACUGUAAAUGGCAAAUGCACUGAUAAAAAUACAAUAGUUUACAAUCAGUUUUUUCUUUUAAAUAAACACCAGCUGCUUGUAAUGUAUGUCACAUUUCUUUGUUACCUACAAUCACUCCAAAAAUUGCACUGAAAAUAGCUAUGCAAAUAUAUGUAAUCUGAUCUCUUAACUUAUAGAUCUGUAUUUGUUAUUAAUACUAUAAAUUUUGUGCUUUAGGAACUGAAAGAAAUAAAAUUAUUGCAAAAUGAAGAUAUAAAGUCCAAAAAGAUGCUGUCACUCAACCAUUAUAACUAUGAGAUGGUGACACUAAUGCUAAGUCCUUGGGCUGACCAUUAAUUAAUAUUAAAAUGAAAGUAAAGAAUGUUUGGCCAUAUAAAGAAGAAGGAAAAGUAAAGUUUAACAUCAUAUCAGUAAUUAAGUCAUUAGAAGGAACAAGCUACAGUAUUGUAAGCAUGGCGAAGGAAUUUUACUAUGUUCUUGUUGAAGGAACCAUACCAGCUUUUCCCUUAACUGAUUUAGUGAAACCACAAUAAAUCUAAAUCGCCAUGACAGACUGUUAAUGUUGCAAGUGUCAGAUGACGAUGAUGAUGAUGAUGAUGAUGAUAAGCCUCGUGACUCUCUUGAUGUUUUCCAAGAAGAGUGGAUUAUGAGCCAUUCAAGAUUUAACCCUCUUCUUUUUUCAUUUUGUUACCACCGAUAAUUGAAAAAUAAUUACAUUUGGCACACACUCGCUACUGUCUUCCGCGCUAAACAAUUUGGUACUAGACACAUAAAACACACUUUGCAAAGUAAAGAUAUUAGUAUGAUGAUCAAGAGAAAUCCUCCUCAUUCCCAGAGCAAAAAUGGCUUUUCUGGUACGAUUUGUUCAGAAAUGUGAUCGUAGACACACAAUUUUAUUAUGUCUGGCUUGAGAUGUUUUAAUUCAGUGACAAUGGUAUUGCACAUACAGUGACCUGUGGUCUUUUUAUUUCAGUAAUUUUAAUACAAAUGAAUAAGAAGACUAUUUACAUACAGUUUGAAAUUUGCAGAUAACUGGGUAUUUUAAUGAAAGCCAACACAAAUAAUUAUCCUAUAUCCAAACUUAUAAAUACUCUCAAGCAACACCACCUUACCAACUUUACUUCACUUGGUCAAUUUGUCCUCAUAUUUUCCUUCAUGUCUGACACAUCUCAGCCAGCCAGGGUGGCCGAGCGGUUCUAGGUGCUACAGUCUGGAACUGUGUGACCGUUAUGGUUGCAGGUUCGAAUCCUGCCUUGGGCAUGGAUGUGUGUGAUGUCCUUAGGUUAGUUAGGCUUAAGUAGUUCUAAGUUCUAGAGGACUGAUGACCUCAGAAGUUAAGUUCUAGAGGACUGAUGACCUCAGAAGUUAAGUCCCAUAGUGCUGAGAGCCAUUUGACACAUCUCAGUGUAAAUGCAACUAUCACCUCCUUACCACGCGGCUAUUGGAAGUUUCAGACAGAAUACAAUGGUAUAUUGUAUGUUUCUAUGGUGUCCAUUAUUCCAUAAUAUUUGCAAAGCUUCAUUUUAAUUUCCAAUAAGUUUAUGGCAGUGGGAUCUCCUCAGAUCUGUGUGCAACAUUUACUCAUUACUACUUGUGAGUUACUGCUUCCAGGCACUUAUCGUUCCUGUGAUACCAUCACCACUGACAACGUGAUCACCCAUAAACCACACAGUGCCACCACAGUAGAUUGUAAUAAGUCUCUGAUUAAUGUCAGUGGCUUAAUGCUAUGCUUAGAAAAUGUGAAGAUGCCCGUGGCACCCAGCUGUUACCUACACCACACCAAAGAUGACAGAAAAAUGACCAGUUGCAAUGAAACAAUUAUAUGAUCUGUAUGUACAAAAAUUUUUUACUUUCCAAAUGGCCUGUAUCUGAUUCAUAUUUCAGUUGAAACCUAUUCACAAAGGUAUAAGUUGGAAAAGACUGGGGAGAUGAAUACUCGAGAAGUAAUUUCUGGUGUAGUAUUCACACAUAUUCCAUUAUCAGAGUGUGUAUUUGAUAAUUCCAGAAAAAAAUGCUCUCUGCCAAACUAGACCAUUUGAAAUUACGAUGCAAAUUUUUCUUCAAGUGUUGUAAGCAGAAAUGGAAUGGCUCUUACAUAACAACAAAGAAGAAGAAGAAUAAAAUUUUCCUCGUUGCUCAAGAGUACAGUUAAUUUAGAUGGGUACUACUACACGAGUAUUUGAUGCAGUUAUCAGUCAUUUGCUUAGCUUUGGAUUUUACUUGCCAAGAACCACAAUUUUUUUUUAUCACCAAAUACACAACUGAAUGUGUUCUUGUAUUAACCUCACAUCUAAAGAGAAUCAGUGGUGCAUUUCUUGCCGUUUCACAGUAAAAUACAACAUGGACUUACCACCAGAUAGGAGUAUGUCAUAAUUUCCACACCAAGAUAGCUUAAAGCAUCACAAAUAUUAUUGUUUGGCAGCUGUGCAAGCUGAGUGUGUAAUGAGAAAUUGAAAUUGUUGAAGAUAUGAACAGAAAUGUAUACAGAGCCUCAUGUUGCCAUUGUGACAUCUUUCCCCUAGUAAUGCAAAUUUUUGAAAGGACAUGUAUUUUUUACUAUCAAGCCAUGUUUUGGUUAUGUGACAAAUGCAAACUUAAUUGGUAAUAAUUGGAGUAAAAAUGUGUGUUCAGGCCACAAUGAUUUAUAAUCUCCCUCUAAUUUUCUUAAUGUUAGUUUCAUUACUAUGAGAGAGGGGAGGGGGGUAUGAAUUUUAAAUUUGAAUAACCUAAAAACAGAGAGCUUUGGAACAGAGUAAUUAAUGAAUGAAAUAGUUAUGUAAAACAAACACACUGACAUGAGAUUGAAGAGAGAAAGAUUACUAAGGAAAAACGCAGCGACAAAGAGAUACAAGAAUAGAAAGAAUGAAAGUACAAUGAUAGAUGUAGGGCAUAAAAAUAAAAUAAAUUUAAUGAAAUCACUGUUGAAAAUCAGUGAGGGACAAUUGCAGAAAAAAGAAUUAGUUGUUGCAGAAGAAGAUAGAAACAUACUCAGAAAACAGAUUUGUGCAAAAAUGUCAUACAUUAACCAGAAGCAAUUGCAAAGGAGAUGUAACUGUUAUGAGCUUUGGAAGAAAUUGUAACAAAAGGACACAAAGUACAUGAUCAAAGUGUAGUUACUAUAAUAUGAGCAGAAUGUGCACAGUGAUGGAAUAAUAAAGAGAUGUCUUAAUUAUGAAUGAAAACAGGCCAAAGAAAGUGAUGGUCAUUGAAACAUAAUGAAGAGCCUGUUAAAGUGAACAGCUGUGAAUAUAAGUACACAGUGGCUCUCUCCAGAAAUGAGAACUCAAGGUUUCUUCUUUGAAGUAAUUCCACUUUUUCUUAACCCUGCCUUCCAUUCACUUGUGCACUUUUUAGUGUAAUUUAUGAGGAUUCUUUUAUAAGAAAGAGAUUGUUUAGGAUGAACACAUCUGCUUGUUAAUUGUGUAUGAAUGUAGUUGUUUUUCUAUAUGCUUGUGGAUAGAUUUGAACUGUAUAUCAAAGAGAUGUCAUGAAGAACUGCGCCACAUUUUCAUGGCUUAAAACUGGAAAACAACGUGAAAUCUAAAUUAACAGUGUUAUGAAAAGGACAGAUUGCUACUCACCGUAAAGAUGACACGUUGAGUUGCAGACAGACACAACAAAUAGUCUGUUACAUGGAGCUUUUGGCCAAAGCCUUCUUCAUUAAGGAAACCACACAUUCACUCUCGUGUGUGUGUGUGUGUGUGUGUGUGUGUGUGUGUGUGUGUGUGUGUGUGUGUGUUUUCCUUUCUGGAAAAGGCUUUGUCAGAACGCUCUGUGUGUAACAGCCUUUUCAUUGUUCCUGUCUGCAACUCAAUGUGUCAUCUUUACAAUGAGUAGCCAUCUAUCCUUUUCAAAAUAUUGUUGUUAUCCUGCCUUGACUUUCCAUUGUUCAAAAUCUAAAUUAGUGUGUCUAGACUCCAGUUUGAAUACACAUUACCCUUGUUACUUCACGUACUCCUUUAAUAGUUCCUGAAUAUGUUUCAGAUUUAUAUAGAUCACUACCUCUGACCUAGUUUUCAGUCUGCUGCUAUUUACAUCCGUUUGGUGAUGAUUAAACAUCCUGAAUUUGCAUCUGGCCUUUGCUUAAGUACUGCAACAUGUAGUGCUGUAUUUAUAAAAGAAUUGUUAUGAAAACUUCCAUUACAUGUUAUAUAAUUUAGAUCUAAUUACUUGUCAUAGAGUCACAGAUGCACAUUAUCCAGGAAUUAGAGUCCAAUGUCUGGUUGAAAAUAAAUGAACUUUGUGAACCUGGAUGGUUUUAACCUUUCUAUGAAAACAAUUUUGUGCUUGAAUUAUUUCCAUAAUUAAGUGCAGUGGUUCCAGAUUCUUUUCACAUAUGUGCACCUGUUUCAAACAUAUUUCUUUAUAUUAUGCUUCGUAUUUCUAAAAUACUUAUUUUCAAAUAUUGAGAAUUUUCUUAUCUUCCUGUUGAUUACAAAUCACCAUUGAGUGUAAAUUAGCUAAUGAAAUACUGAAGGGAACUUAUUAGAGGAGCAAUAAAACAAAAAUAUUUCAUUUCACCUUCUCAGUAGAUGAAUAACGUAUAGUUUGAACUCAAACACAAACUAUGAUAGGUGAGUAUUUAGCAGACUGUUACUGUUUUGGUAUCUGUGUUAAUUUGAAAACUCUGUGCUGCUUGGCAAACAAAUUUAUGUUUCAUUGUAGCUAUUCUAUUCAGAUCACUAAAAACAUUCAGUCCACUUAAAUUCAUAAAAUUGUAACCAAAUGAGGCACAAUACAGUUGUAAGCCAAAAUUUGCAUCAAGUUUGUUGUAGCAGUCAUUUAUUUAUUUAUGAGCAAAGCUGUCUGGUAAAUUGCUUUGUAUAUUUGUUCCUUAGCACUAAAAGGCAAAAUGUUUCUGAAUGGGUCAUGUCUUACUUUAUCAAAUUACUAAUAUCAUACAGAAUAUAGGAAGUUUCUGUUUGUUAAUAUUUUUAUUUAAAGAAGAAACAAUGAAAAUAGGUUAACUGUUUUUUCCUCUCGCAACAACCUUCUUAAAUAAUACCUUUUUUAAGAGCUCCCAGCCCAUUUUUUAACUCCUCAAAUUAUUUUAGGUACUUCUGAAAUGACAUUUCAGACCCUUCUCAGCAAUUAAAAUAUUUUUUUUUCAUGUUUGUGGUAGGUGUAUUUCACUUACAGAUGACAAACUCAGCACUGUUUAAGGAACUUCAGGCUGCCUUCUUUCAUUACACUCUUUUCAAAAGUUCAGGUUUUUAAUUACUAUGAAAUCCCAGCCUAAGGUUUUUGUUUAGAAAAGAAUUUGAGAUUCAUUCCAGUGAAAGUCAGUUUCCUUACACCUGUAAUUUUUAUUUUAUUUUGAUGUUUAUAUCAUGUAUGUAAAAUCAAUUUCAAGACAAUAUUGUUUCAACUUCAGGUAACUAUUUGGUCUUCUUCAUGAAUUGAAUGCCAUAAGUACUGUAACUCUCAUUCCAUUCAUGAAGGAAGCAUGCUUAACAGAUACCUGAACAUGAGGCAAUGUUGUUUUGAAAUUGAUUCUACAUGCAGGAGAUAAACAUCAAAAUAAAAUAAAAUAAAUACAGCUGUGAGGAAAAGGACUUUUUAUAUUUGAUAUGUAGUUAACCCAAUGAAAAAAAAAUCUGAAAUGAGUGCAAGCCUGAAGCAUACCAUUAUCACAGAUAUUUGAGGCAAGUCUGUAAAUUUCUACCCACAGCUAUCAAAUAACUGGUGUUACAUAGGUAUAAUAUAAUAACACUAGUGAUCUUAUUUUUGUUCUCAUAUAUUAUUGUUCCUUACUAUAUCAGUUAGUAGUGAUGAAACAUAUUUUGUAUGGUAAUUAAUAUUUUGAAUUGUAUUUUUUACUUUGUUCUGUUUUAACUAAAUAUUUUUGUUUUGUACAAAAUGGAUCAGAAUGUAACCCAGAUGUAUGCCCACCAUUGGUAAGCACAUACAGUUCUAGCACUUCGUGUAGUUAAUUACAACAUAGAAGAAAAUCCACAUUUGAUUUUGAGCCUCGUAAUGGGUUUUUACACAAUAGUUUCAGCCUGAUCUGACCAAUUGAGUUGAUGCUUUGAAAGAGCAGCAAUAUCAUGAUUCAUAUGUUGGUUAUGAAUGCAAGGAGAGGCAAUGUGCUGAUAAUAUGACUCAUUUGAACUGUCCUGAUGCUGCACAUAGAAUAAGACAUGUACCUAAUCUUAAGAAUGAAAACAAACACAUAAUUGUGGUACUGCUGAUGAUUUUAGCUCAAAUUUUAGUUUCAACCAUAGACAAUGGUCAGUUAUUCACAAAGUUAGUUUGUAGCAAAUAUUCUUCCACAUAUGAUCCAUAUUUGCUCCAGAAAAUCAUACAAACUUAUUCUGCUGUUCCUUGUUUUCCAAAAAACAGAUAAUAUCCUGGUGCUAAAAGCUGAUACAUGGUUUCACUUACAUUUGUAAUGAGCCCUUGAAUUUCACUUGCAUUUGUAAUGAGCCCUUGAAUUCGAUCCCUUGAAUUGUCAGUUCUCAUUGAUGACAUGCAGUAGCACAACUGAUUUUACACAUUGUACUUCUGUUUGUGAAGUCAUUCUGUACAGAAAUUUGGUCUAAGAGUAUUUGAUCUAACAUGAUAGCCAACCACUUAUGUAAAUUGUAAUAUUUACGGGAGAAAAAUUGCCUUACUCAAACUGUUUAUAAAGUGGUAUCUCAUAAUGAUUAUAGCAAUAACAAUCGUUUUUUCAGCAUUAUAAAAUGAGAAGUUGGCAUAGUGAUAGAAAUGAUAUCCUUUACAGAGCUUAGAUGUCAUGAUGCUAGGCUUCUAUUUAACAGCUUAAUCUGAGAAGCAUUUGCAGGGGCCUACCAGUGUGUUAUGUCAGAGAAAUUGUUCAAUCUACAAGCAAUAAUUUCUUACACUUAGAUUUUUCUAUUCUAUUGCUCUUGGAACUGUUGAAGAAGACUGAAUUGGUGGAGGCAAGCAGUAUAACACACUUACCUUCUGUUGAAACAAGUGAGCUUUUAAUAAUAUAGAAUAAUGUAAAUAAAGAAUGGUUUGUGAACCAGUUCAAUACUUUUUUGUGUAUCUGUCUUAAUUUGUUAACACAUCACAUUUAAAUUUGCUCUAUGAGCAAUAUAUACAGUGUGAUAUAGUAACAUGGUCUUCUCUGACAAAUUCUUGGCUCAUUCCUCAUUCUUAAAGGUUUCUGUUUUCAACCUGGCUCUACAGAAGCUACAGAUACAAUCUGAGAUGCAGUUCAUGUUGUAAAAUUCAGAAAAAAAUUAUACAUCUAAUAAGCAUGGAUUAGUGUGCUGGAUAAAAAACAGUAUUAGAAAAGACUUUAAAUAAAUUAUCAGUCUUUUGAAGGUAUUAAAAUGCUAGUUCUCAUCUAUGUUCUAUUAUUCAAUAAAAUUUCUCAGUACUUAUCUAAUUUUAAUUGCACACAGAACAAAUGCAAAAAUUAGGCUAUGUUUUAGAGAUAAGAACAUCUAAUAUGCCUCAGUAGAUUAAUUGAUGUUUUCCAACAUUCUAAUGAAUCAGUGUCAUAUGAAGUAUUUUAUAGUAAUGAGUUGCCACAUGUAAGUGUUAGUGGUUUAAAAUAUGUAGUGUUUAUGGACUGAAGAAUUGCUAAUGUUGUUGGUGUUUAAUUAUUAUUAUUAUUAUUGUCAUCAUUAUUGUUUUGAUGUGUACUGUUGAUUCCAUUGAGCCUUUAGCAGUAAAUUAAAAAUUGUCACAGUGACUAUAUUUAAAAGCUAGGAAGCCUGCUCCAUGCAUUCUCAGACUGUUAUUUAUGUACCCCAGUGGGAGUACACAAUGAACUAUUUCUCAGACAAGAUUUUCAUGUCAUGAUUUUGACAUUGUCAUGUGUUCUGUAUGUUUUUAGAGUCUACAAAUAGUAUGGCCUUUGACCUUGUGUGAUUUGCUAAAAUUUUGAUGUGUUGUAAUUGACUUCAGUAUGUUUGUUCUGUUCAAUUACCAUAUUAAGGAAAACAGAAAUAGAAGUAUACAAGAAGGGUUUUUCAUCACUCCAUGUUUAUAAACUCUCCAAAGAGCAAUAGUAUAUCAUAAUGCAAUAAUUUUGAGGAUUCUUCUGAAGUAUCAAGUAAUACUUCAUCAAGACUGUGGAGACCAAUGAUGAAAAGUAACUUUAAGAGCACACAUUUAUCUAUGUGACUUCUUUCCUGUGCACAUGUUCAGAACCAUUUACAAAUUUUUUUGAGAUUUCUAUAACUUCAAACUUAAAUUUUGCUGUACACAGCACAACUGAAUUCUUAGUGAUGAAAAUAGAUUUUGUAAUUCCAUCUCUUGAGUUGUGCUGUAUUAAGGGACAUACAAAGAUGACAUUCUUUAUAUGUGUACACAAAUUCUUAUGUGAAUGAAAUAUAGAACUGACUACUUUGUAUAUAAUUCGUAUCGUGAACCACAACAGCAGAAAGAAGGGACCACAUUCAACCACAGAAACCCUCAAGAAACAUGGUAUAUAGCUGUUACUGAGUAAUACAUCGUAAUUCCAAUAACUGAACUGACAAAAAAACAUUUUUUCAUGGAGCUAGUUCACAGUGUCAGUAUUUUUCUAGAAUUGAAAGGUGUAUCAAUUCAUUCAUAAGACCGGUUGCUAUUGAAAAGUACCACUAUAAUAUCUGGUCAUCAGUAAAGAGGACAAUAAGAAAGUAAAAACAAAGAUGUGCACUUCAAAGGAGAAAAGAUUUAAGGAAGGUAUUUACCAUCAUUGUUGACAUUAUUUUAUUGUAACCAUUAAAAAUGUGUGGUACAUAGUGGUCCUUUUUUGCUGUUAUUUCUUCAUAUCAGCCCACCAACUUAUUUUUUUUGUUAUAUCUAAUUUAACAGCUACUUUAUUAAAGUUAUAUGUACCUGUGGAAUUUCCCAAAUGUUUAACUCUUGUUUUCUUCUUUAUAAGGAUGAAUAGUCUCAUUGAAUUUAAGAGAAAUGAGAACUAUUGUCUCUAGUUUUUAAUGAAGCACAAUUGUGUAUUUUAAAAGGUGGUAAUAAAAAUGUUGCCAUUCUUUCAGUAUGGGUAUUUGUAAGAGAGUGACAGAAUGUUGAAUACUGUGGCACAUAAUGAAAUAACUAAUAUUUUGAUCAAUAGUUUCAUGUUUUUUUUUAAUAUUUUAAGAGAAUGUUAAAAACCAGAAACAAUCAUUGUACAGUCUGAUUUUUAGAGUAGAUUAGCUUGACAUUAUAUACACAGUAAAAAUAUAAGAAUCAUUCGUUUGUAUUAUAGUUUGUAAUUUUAUUGUGUAGAGACUGAGAAAAAUGUAGGAAUGUAUUAAGCGUAUGGAAAUGUGCUGCAGAAUUCAAAUUUUCAUUAUAAAUGGAGUGUAAUCAGUAUGUAAGUUUCUGACUGAAAACUUCAUGAAAACUGUGCAGACCUGGGCUGUAGCACAUUAAAUAACAUACAUUUUAUAUUAAAAAAGUUUAUUUCUAAUGUUA